AUGUUUGAGAAUCCGAACGCGUCCCUCCCACCGAAGCCGCAGUCCAGCCACCCUGGGCCCCAGGUGUCCCGGUCGGGGCCCCUGGGGUCCGUGGAGCCGGGCGGGCCGGGCCUCUGGGUGGGCAGCAGCCAGCACCUCCGGAACCUGGGCAAAGCCAUGGGAGCCAAGGUGAACGACCUCCUGCGGAGGAGGGAGCCCUGGGGCCUGGGCAGCGUGGGCGCCAUGGAGGUCAACUGGACGGCCGAGGCCCAGCUGGCCGGCGCGCCCGGCGCGGAGGACGACGGGUCGGCCCUGCCAGAAGCCGUCCCUCGGCUGGACCCGCCGCCACCCACAACCCGGAAGCGAACGCCCCGGGCGCUGAAGACCACACAGGACAUGCUGAUCUCUGCCCAGCCCGUGCUGAGCAGCCUGGAGCGCUCCCCGCCCCCUGCGCAGCCCGGCCCGGCGGGGCCUCCACCGCCAGAGGCCACUGUGGAUGGCGCCCUGCCCAACGGCGACGGCCAGGCGUCCCUGUCGGUGCCUGACCUGAUCCACCCGGAUGGCUCGGGCGAGCCCAGGCUGAAGGGCGCCCCGUGCAGGAGGGUCUCCCCGCCCGGCCCCACCGAGAGCAGCAGCCUCCAGCUUAGCCUCAGCCCUGGCCGCCCGGCUGAGCUGCCGCAGGACAGCAGCCCCUGCCCCGGGCCGCGGACCUGCAGCCUGGACAGCGAGGGGCCGCACCCCGACCUGCUGUCCUUUGAGUAG